CUUGAUGGACUGACCAUCCAUACACCAUGCCACGGCGAAAGAAUGACUACAUGUCGGAUGGCGGAUCUGACUCGGAUGCCAGUGAACCUUCGGGAUCGGACGAAGAGUUCAACUCGGAUGCAAAUGAAGAUUCUAGAGCUGAACGUAGACUUUUCGAACAGGGCUCGAAGCGGAGGAAAGUAGCUAGACGUGGUAAGGAAGCUGCCUGGGAGGGCAUUUUUGGAGAAGGUGAUGGAGAGGGAGGAAGAAGAGCUAGAGGACUAGGUGCUCGCAAUGGAUCAGGCGCCGGCAGGACCACUAAAGCACCAUCAUUCGUGCCGAAGAGUUCUGCUCCAGCGGUUCAAGAGGUAGAAUUACAACGUGGAGAGGAUCCAGAAGAGGAGUCAUCUAGGGAAAUAGAAUCAGGGAAAUCGGAUGAGGACGAGGACGAAGAUGAGGAUGAGGACGACGAGGACGAGGACGAGGACGAGGACGAUUCGGACGCCCGACCGCCGUCCCCUCGAAUUAGGGAGACGGACUACGACGAUGAGCCUGUCACUCGUACCGGUGGUAUAGGUUCUGCCAAAGCAGUCGCACCUCCCCCGCCUGUCUCGGGACCUUCUCGUGGUGGUCGUGGAGGAUUAGGCUCCUCGAAGCGUGGUGGUAGAGGUGGUAUCGGAUCUUCUCGAGCAGCCGCUGAGGAAGGUGCUGAGUCUCAUGGUGGACUCGGCUCAAGCAGAGACACCUCCCAUCACGUCGAUGAAUUUUCCGAGGACGUGAAGGACUCUUCCCGCAGUGCUUUCGGGCGGAAGGCUCCUGAACCUGAGCCUGAAGCUGGACCUUCAGAUUACGCACGGGCUCAGCAGAGCUUCAAAGGACGAAACGGCGCCGUGCCCGCUGUUGGAACGAAAAAAGUAGAGCUCACAGCUCAGGAGAAAGCGCAUUUCAACCGGAUCGACAAGCAUUAUGGUAUCGCUGCAAAAAUGUUGGGGAAUAUGGGUUGGAGUGCAGGAGAAGGAUUGGGUAAAGAUCGCUCGGGUCGAGCUGUCCCUGUGGAAGUCGGUCGUGUGAUGCGGGGUCAGGGUAUCAGAUCAGGGACGAGGACAGAGGAUAGCAAACGUGAAGCUAGGCGAAGAGGAGAGAUCGUUUCGGAUUCGGAGGAGGAGAAACCGAAACGGCGAGGAGUGAAAGGUUCCAAACCAAACCGCACGGAGGAAGAUAUGGGAGACAGCUGGAAAAAGCAGAGAAAAGUCAAGGUCAAGGUCGAGCAUAAGACGUACGAGCAAUUACUGGCAGAGGCAGGAGAAACGCAACAGGUCGGAUUGGUCAUUGAUGCGAGAGGAGGGGAGCUCAAAGAAGUGCAAGGGAUAUCCUCCUUGUCACUGUCCAGUUGGACGCCAACUUCGGACGCCACUCAAUUGCCCGAACUCCGACACAAUCUUCGUCUCGUUGUCGAUGAGGCAAAGAUACAUGUCGACGCUUUGGCCAGAGAAGGAAAGGCGGUGAACAAGAAGCGACGAUGGGCUCUUCGAGAGGAACAACUGGCUAAGAGGCGUAUAGACGAGACGACGAGUCGCAUAACUCGAUUGGAGCGAUUGACGACGACUGUCGCUACGAUUGCCAAGCUCGCGGCAGAGGAGGGAUCCAAAACGAGCCCCGAUCUGGAUUCGUUUACAGAGUGCUUCAAUACACUGAUCGGCGACGUCGAGUACAGGUCUCUAGCCAUGGACGAGGUGAUCGUCGGUGCUAUCUCUCAAGUUUUGCGCCGGCAAUUCGCAGACUGGCAACCUUUCGAAUCGUCCGACAAGCUAUUACCCGCUCUCACACGGUGGAAGAAAGCGUAUAACCUUAAGACGGAGGAACAAGCUCUGGUCACUGAUCGUGUGCCAUCGCACUCAGCAGAAGUAGUCAUGACGCCUUGGGAGAGCCUGCUCUGGAAUGUCUGGCUUCCAAAAGUGCGGUCCGCCAUCAAUAACGACUGGGAUGCCAGACAUCCUGAGAAGCCUGUGCAGCUUUUAGAAGCUUGGAAGCCCUUGCUUCCACCCUUUGUACUUGACAAUGUCCUUGAUCAGCUCAUUCUGCCCAAGGUCCGCUCGUCUAUCGACGAAUGGGACACCAGACGUUCCGGUGGUAGGAGCCGAUCACUCGCUACGAUCGUCUUUCCCUGGCUGCCAUUGCUUGGUGCGAGGAUAGAAGAAGUCUUGGAGCUCGCCAAGAGAAGAAUCAGACAUGUCCUGCGUAAAUGGGUUGUCAGUGAUGGCAUCCCUCAAGAGCUCGAGCGGUGGAAGAAGGAUAUCUAUUCUUCGAAGGAAUGGGACGAGCUCAUGCUCCGCAACAUUGUUCCCAAGCUCGGUGUCUGUCUGCGGGACGAUUUCUCCAUCAAUCCUCGGAAACAAGAUAUGGUCCCGCUCGAAGAUUGGGUGUUGCCAUGGCAUAAGCUCAUCCGCGCCUCGACGUUUUGUCAACUGCUCGAGGUCAAUUUCUUCCCAAAGUUUUUGGACACAUUAUACAUUUGGUUGAUACAGCCUAAUCGCAACGGUGACGAGAUCGCUUCCUGGUUCCUCUGGUGGAAAGGGCGAUUCCCAGAGCCUGUUCUGGACAUGCCAGGGGUACAAUAUGGCUUCAAGUCCGCACUUCAGCUCAUGGAUCAAGCUUCGCAGCUCGGGGUGGAAACUCCCAGUAAACUUGCCAAACCAGUGUUCACACCCCUUCCACCGAAAACGUCAUCCUCAUCCAGGUCAAAAUCCAAGCACACUGCAAUUUCUGCGGCUCCUCAGCCUACAAUGGACAUGGAGAUCACCUUUCGAUCCCUCGCGGAAGAUUAUGCCACUCAAAACGACCUCAUUUUCGUACCACUUGGCAAGUCGAAUGCUUCGACCGGCAAGCCAUUGUUCCGCGUCGCGAAGAAUGUCACUGGAAAAGGUGGUAUCACAAUCUACGUUGGAGAGAAUGCCGUCUUUGCUCAGGGUGACGACGGGACUUUCAGAGCAGUGUCCUUGGAGGAUAUGGUAAAGAGGGCUAGUGCGUAAUAGUCUUCAGGGGUGUCAGACGCUCCUCUGUCCUCUGUACUGUAUGCACGAGCAGCGCUCGCGCCGGCAUCUGGGCAAGCCCACUCUGUCGAGGCAUAUUUCAAUCCGCGUCCGAUUCACUAUGUGUUUAUCUGGGUGAGCCUGUCGGCCUAUCAGACACAUUGCUAUGUGCGGUGCGGUCAACGACCGAAAGCGCGGAGCGAGCAGGAGGGAGAACAUGCCAACAAGCCAUUGACCAGAGCUUGGCAAAUCCUGUUUGUCAUCCCGAUGGACAUACCAAG